CUUAUAAUCAACUCAACAUGAUAAACCACCGAAUUGCGCAGGCAUCCAAGGUUGCGCCUUUCACUCGACAUGAGUUUUACAGUAAAGUUCGAAUUUGUGCUAUUCCCAUUUUGACUUGCCCAUUUUCUCAGUAGCCUCAGACUGUUCUCCCCUCUCCAGUCAACCAACACUUUUUGGGAUGCGCCUGCGGAGUUUGUACCGUUGCGGGGCCACGACUCUUCUCCUCUAUGAGCAGGUGGCUCUAGCAGAUCUUGGGAUCCAGGCGAAUGAUGUUGGUAUGUAUUCCCCAAAGCCUCAUCUUUGAGACAUCCUGAGGGUUUAUAUGAGGUGUACGUUUGUGACACAUGCGAUGUAAUCAGACACCCUCAAGUCGGCCGCCAAAAUAGUCGCGGCGCCCAUGAUGGAGUUCUACGACAAGAACCAGACUGAAGGCAUCCCGGGCAAGCUGACAGGCACCUGGUACGUGGCGGGUGCCAUGUUCAUGACGCUCAUCCAGUACUGGCAUGCCUCCAGCGAUGACACCUAUAAUCCCGUUGUGUCACAUGACCUGAUGUUCCAGUCGGGUGAGAAUUAUGACUUCUUCUCGCAAAAUUACAGUCACUGGCUGGGUAAUGAUGAUCAGAUGUUCUGGGGUCUUGCCUCCAUCACCGCUUCAGAGACUGGGUUCCCAGAGAUCCCAGAUAAACCCACCUGGACCUCCCUGGCGCGGGCUGUCUUCAACAUGCAGGUUGCCCGAUGGGAUACCACGGAUUGUGACGGCGGCAUGCGAUGGCAGAUCCCGCUCUAUCUGCCGGGUUACACGAUGAAGAACGCCAUAUCUAAUGGCGGUCUUUUUGAACUGUCGGCCCGGCUUGCACGCUUCACUAUGAACAAUACUUAUGCGCAAUGGGCUGAAAAGAUCUGGGACUGGUCGGCCAGCACGCCGCUCUUACAGACUAAUCACUGGUAUAUUGCUGACUCAACCUCCAUUGAAGCCAACUGCAAGGAUGCGGGAAAUACUCAGUGGUCAUAUAAUUACGGCACCUAUUUGUCAGGGGCCUCAUUCAUGUAUAACUAUACCAACGGGAAUGAACAGUGGCUGGAGAGAGUCAACGGGCUGUUGAACUCCCUUCUUGGGACCUUCUGCCCCAACGACAAGGGUGGCGACGUCCUGUCUGAGGUUGCCUGUGAGCCCAUCAUGACCUGUGAUCGCAAUCAGAUAGGCUUUAAAGGAUACACGGCCAUGUGGCUGGCGCAUACCGCUAUCCUCGUUCCCUCAACUGCGACCCGGAUCUACCCAGUCCUGCAGGGAUCUGCUCUCGCCAUCUCUAAGCAGUGCUCUAAGCAGCCUGGUAAUACCUGCGGCAUGCGUUGGUGGCAGUCCACAUGGGAUGGCUUCACACCCGGACUGGAGUCGCAGAUGGCGGCCCUGGGCGGUAUCACAGCCAAUCUGAUGUAUUUCAAGUCGACCGCACCGAAGACCAUUGACACGAACCCGGACGGCAAGGAGCAUCAGAUUAUUGCGACCCAUGAGGAGGAGACGACCUUGGAUACGCUCCCCCCCAUUGACGUAGCCGAUCGCGCGGGGGCGUGGAUUCUCACUGUGAUCAUCGUGCUUACCGCCGGGGGUCGGUUUGGUGGUUAGUCAAGACAUGACAAGCGUGAACUUGCUCAUCUGCUCUAAAAACAUUAAUUGGUGGUUACUGUUAUGCUUGAUUGGUUGAUUGAUUGAUUGAUUUAUUUCUUAUUCCGUUGCGGCGCCGGGCUGGGCCAUGCCGGAGGCUCCUAAUGAGCAGCGACUGCCUGACGACCGUCCCCGCAGACUGGCGCCGUCACUGUACAUAUACCUAUAUAUCUCAGGCCCCUAAACUAAGCCAUACCCCCGUAGAUCCAUGUCGGCCGGGGCCAAAAUCAGUGAGUGCUACCUUGCUUC